AUGCACAGAGCUACUAGCAUGGCCGCGAUGAUCGGCGGCCGAGCGGUUCAGGGGAUUGGAGGCUCGGGCAUCGGUGUCCUCUGCGAGAUGGUGAUCUGUGACCUGGUGCCGCUACGCGAGAGGGGAGCCUACUUGGGCGUAGUGCUUGGCAUGGUCGGUCUGGGAGCUGCCCUCGGCCCCCUAUUUGGUGGGCUCCUCGUCAGCUACAGCACCUGGCGCUGGGCUUUCUACCUCGCUCUGCCAAUUGGUGCUGCUUCGCUGGUGCUGCUGUUUGCCUUCUUGCACGUCAAGUAUGACAAGUCUCAGACGCUGGCCACCAAGCUUUCGAGCCUCGACUGGCUGGGCAACGCCGUAUUCGUCGGUGGUGCCACCCCAGUGUUGAUUGCCCUCAGCUGGGCGGGUGGCCAAUAUACGUGGUCUUCCUACCAGGUCCUCGUGCCACUCAUUGUCGGUCUGGCCACGAUGGGUGGCUUUGUCGUGCUCGAGAGUAAUGCCCGCCUCGUGCCAAACCCCCUUAUGCCCCUUCAUCUCUUUGGCCAUUCCAUCACUGCCAUCGUCUUCCUCUUAACCUUUCUCCACGGCAUCGUCACCAUGUGGGCCUACUUCUUCCUCCCGGUCUACUUCCAGGGUGUUCUUGCCGCGAGCGCCUAUCGCUCCGGUAUCAUGCUCCUCCCCACCAUCCUCGCACUCCUCCCGGCCGCCAUCCUCGGUGGCGUGCUGCUUACCAAGUUUGGCCGCUACAAGCCCAUCCUUGCAGCCUCCUUCGCAUUGAUUGUCAUUGGCUUCGGUCUCUUCUCGAUCCUGGAUGAGAACUCGAGCACGGGCGCCUGGGUGGGGUUCCAGGUGGUCGAGUCAUUCGGCGCGGGCUUCGCCAUGGCGGCCCUGCUCCCCGCCCUCCUGGCCCCGCUCACAGACAAAGACACGGCAAUGGCGACGAGCACGUGGGGCUUGAUGCGCAGCUUCGGCAUCAUGUGGGGUGUUGCCAUCGCCGGCACCAUCUUCACCAACCGGGCUGCGCAGCUGGCCGGCUCGGGUGCCAUCGGCAGCGACGCAAAGGUGGCCGCCCAGUUCAAGGCCGGCGGAGCGUACGCGGCCGCCGACCCCAAGUUUCUCGACUCGCUCUCGGCACAGACGCGCGCCGAGGUGAUCGCUGUACAGAGCAGCGCACUCCAGCGGUCAUGGCAGGUCGCUAUUGCCUUCGGCGCAGUGGGGCUCAUCGCUGCUGCUGUGAUGAAGCAGGUACCGCUCAGAAAGGAAAACGACACUGACUUUGGCAUGGUCGAGAAGGAGGACAAGCCUAUCGAGGAGGAGGCUAAAGGCAAGACAAGGAAGCAGGUCCUAGUGGCUGCGUCGUAA